AUGUCUAAAUGCGGCACUGACUGCAAUAGCUUGAGCACAACAGCAACCGGUGAAGAUAUUUAUAGCUCUUUAGACAAUUUUUUUAUAGAAAACAAUAUUCACUGGACAAACUGUGAAGGUGUAACUACUGAUGAUGCGGCAUCGAUGACGGGUAAACAUGUCGGUGUGGUACGACGUAUAAAAGAAGUAGCCCCAGAUGCCGAAUGGACUCAUUCAUUAAAUAGUAGACUGUUUUACAAACUCUAUGAAGAAAAUGAACAAAACGUUAAAUCACUUUUACUUCAUUCAGAAGUACGUUGGCUUUCUCGAGGAAAAUGCCUAUUCAGACUAUUUCAACUUCGUCACGAAGUCUUAGAAUUUCUCAACAACAAAAAAUCCGAUUUGAAAAACUAUUUUUGUGACAGUAAAUGGCUGAUAAACGAGUUUCUAGAAGAAGACGACUCAGUGAAUGUCAAUGAUAUCAAAACAAUUAUUUCAUUGCAUUUAAAUCAAAUAUCAAUUGCAUUGAAUAGUUAUUUCCCAAAAGAUAUUCGUGACGAUUUUCAAUGGAUUGAAAAUCCUUUUACUGUUUCUAUUGAAGAGUUGAACUUCAAUACGCUUCUUGAAACUCAGAUUAUCGAUCUUUCUUGUGAUAAAACUUAUGAACAUAAAUUUAAAAAUGAAACUCUUGUAGAUUUUUGGUGUGCAGUAUAUAAUGAAUAUCCAGAACUUUCAAUUAAUGCAAUAAAAAAACUAUUACUUUUUCCUACUACUUAUUUGUGCGAAAAAGGAUUUUCUACCAUGGCCAAUAUUAAAACAAAACAAAGAAACAGAUUAGAUGUCACACAUGACAUGCGCAUCAGUUUAUCUGAAAUUGUACCCCAGUGGGAAUUUUUAUGCAAUGCUCGAUUCAGAAGAAAUUCUACUUCGAACCUCGAGAUUAAGAAGACUACAUCAUUUAUAAAAAAGAAAAAUCGAUCUACAUCAUUCAAAAUGCCGCCGAAAAAAGAAACAGUCAGCAAAGAUGAAUUCAAUGCACUAAAGAAAGAAAUUGAACGACACAGCCAAGUAUUAGUUGAUCAAUUACGACAACAAAUUGCCGACAAUGAAGAAAAAUAUAUGCAGAAAAUCAGAGAACUUGAAGACGAAGUAAAUUAA